UCUUCUUCACAGGGAACCCGUCCUCGUGGUUUACCUUGCAGAGGCGCAUGCAACUGAUGCUUGGGCCUUUGUAAACAACGUCGACAUCAGCGUCCUCAAAACUUUGGAGGAGAGACUGGCUGCAGCCCAGACCCUGGUCAAAGAAGAUCCCCUCUGCCCUGUGGUAGUGGAUGAGAUGACCAACAUCACUGCCAGCAAAUACGGAGCUCUGCCUGAGCGCCUCUAUGUCAUUCAGAGUGGGAACGUUUUCUAUCAGGGUGGCAUCGGACCUUGGGGGUACAACCCUGAAGAGGUUCGAAAAGUUCUGGAAAAAAUUAAAUCAAGGGGAAAAAAUGGAAGUGUUCUAUUCAUGGUUGCAUUUAUAUAUGUGACCCUGGACCACAAAACCAGUUUUAAGUCAUACAGAUUAAACCAGCUGGUCUCUGUACCUUGA